CUCUCCCUUCCGGCGAAAAUGGCACUAUAAACCCUCAGUCCCAAGAUUUAGGGAACACCAACUGGCGAAAGCUACAAUCUUUCCAACCUCUGGACCGAUUCCCAUCUGCUAAAUCCCACCUACGCGGCAAGCCCCGCGGCCUGCACACGCGGCGACGUACGGCAUUCGCGCAAUCGCGCCCGCUUGGGGGUUUCACAUGGUGGCGUUCUUUCUUCCUGGACCAAGAAGGGAUCCGCGCAUUAGGAGAACUGCGAGACAAGGAAUCAAGAAAUGGCUAUGAACAAAUGUUCAGUGCUGCUGAAUAGAGCUCGGGAAUUCGAGCCAUCGCGUGCAAACGGUGGUUACAUCCUCUCAACAAGUUCAUACCCGCAGAUCAGACAGUAUGCAGCUAGUCCUGACGAGCAUCUACGUUCCUUACCCUCACUGCUGCCUCCUCCACCGGGGCAAGAACUCCCACUGGCUUACUUGAGGGCUCAGCGUCAAUCAAGCGGCAAUUAUCGUGGAAUCCAAGCUCAACGUCGCCCAUUAAUUGAUCAAACUGGAGCAUUGCAGAGCUCAUUUCCUGAAUCCAUCUGCUUAAAGGAAGAGUUGCAGUCUUUGAGCAUGCCAAGGAAUUCUCCAAAUGCUGGUCGAAAUCUCGUCGGACAUCCUCAUAGUAGCUCGAAGUCGAGUUCCAAGCCUUGCCAUUUCCAUUUCUUCAGGGGUUACUGCAAGAAAGGUGUCAACUGUCAGUUCUUCCAUGGGUCCGUCCCUGAGCUGCAUAAUCCCAGGCAAGUUCACCCCUUUGCGUCGCUGAGCAAGCUGGAUAUGGAGAUCAGAGAACUCCUGAUCGGAAUACCACCACCAGUCGCAGUCGAUCGUUUGCCGUCGAUGUACUUUGAGAAGUACGGUAAGCCCCUGCGGCCUGAUGGAUGGCUCACUGAGAGCCAGCAGCAUGGAAGGACUGGUUGCAGUCUUACAAGUCUGCUCAUGGGGCUUAACACCAUCAGAGUGGUCGAGAGAGAACAUGGACAGUAUCAUGUAGUCCUGGUGGAAGAUGCUCGGAAGAAGUACAUGGAUUGCUUGGGCUUGGCUCACAGUUGCAACUUGAUGGAUACUGGCACUGGGUCUAACCAGAUUUAUAUGACCUUCCCUGUUCACAGCAAAUUCACUGAUGAUGAUGUCGAGAAUUACUUCAAGCAAUUUGGGCCUGUCUCCGGUGUGCGAAUUCCCUAUCAGGAGAAGCGGAUGUUUGGUUUUGUGAGCUUCCUAUACACUGAGACAGUGAGGCUUAUCUUAUCAAAGGGGACAGCUCACUUCAUCUGUGGAUUGCGAGUUCUUGUCAAGCGCUACAUGGAAAAGUCUGAACUAAGAAAAAUUUAUCGGAAAAAUAAGCAAUUUGACUAUCGUGAACACAGGACAUCAGGUUUCGGUGUCACUAAUGAGCAUUAUAUAGGUAACAACAUGAAAAAAAAAUCACACAGGUCGGAUGAUUUGGAUGAAGCUUCAGCAUAUGAAGAUAGUGAUGAGAUCAUUCUUCCAGAUAGCCUUGGUCUCUACUGAGCGCUAUUAUUUCUUCACCAAUACUACAAACACACUGACAAGAGAUUAUACAUUGGUACACAAAUUAUUAUUAUUAUUAUUAAUUAUUUACUUGCCAUAGAUUAUAAAUAGGUACACAGACGCAGUGAGGUCAAGUAGGUUUCCACAGAUUAUUAUUAAUAGUAGUAGUAGGAUGGUUUUUGGGUUAUACUUAUAAUACAGAACUUAGGAUUCACAAGUAAGCAUGGUCAAGUAGGUUGUUAUAGAAAGGGUUAUUUUGCAGUUAGCAGUAAAGCAGAAACAGCUUGACGUACAUAAGCAUAGCCCUGAGAUCCAGUCUAUUUUUUUGUCAUGUUGCUUACUACCUAGACAUGUAAUACGUGCUUUUUCCUGAUAAGUUGACAACAUUUGAGGCUUUCUUUA